CGACUCUCUGUGCCCGAGACGAGUCAGUCUGGCUCUAACGAUCGUGCCGAUCGGACGCCACCAAAUCGGGUGCAAGCGACGUGCUUCCGGAGCUGCCGCAGCUACCGUGUAGUGUUAUUGUUUACUGGUGCACCAAGUCCUUGGGUCUUUGGGAGUAUUCUGUGCUUCAACGAUAUCCACCAACAGGAAAUAGAAAUCUUCAAACGUCUUGUCCCAGCUUUUGUGCAACGGGCCGACGAACGAUGGCAUCGAGGAUGCAGCAGUUGGUGCAGCUGACCGUCGCACUGGUGGCGCUGGUGGCGCUCCUGCACACCCCGCCCGCCCACGCGGACGACAUCGACGAGCUGCUGAACGAGUUCGACGAGGAGGACGAGGAGCUGCUGCGCCACAUCGAGUCGCAGCACGUCAGCCGCGACUACGAGCUGGAGGACCAGAUGGCGCGCGAGCUGGCCAACCGCAUCGCGGCCGAACACUACGGCCAGCCGGCCGGUGCGGGUGAGUCGGAGGACGCCGGCCCGAUCGAGGGCCGCGUGCCACGCCUGAUCGACCCGUGCAAGGGCGUGCGGUGCGGUGCCGGGCGCGUCUGCCGCGCGAACGUGGCCGAGCAGCGGGGCGAGUGCGUCUGCAUCCCGGAGUGCCCGCCGGAGACGGACCCGCGCCGCAAGGUGUGCACCAACCGGAACGAAACGUGGGACUCGGCCUGCGAGGUGCACCGGCAGCGCUGCCUGUGCAACACGGCCGAUCCGGGCUGCCGGCACGAGGAGCUGCGCCACGUGCACAUCGACUACUACGGCACCUGCCGCGAGAUGCCGGAGUGCAGCGAGAACGAUCUGGCCGACUUUCCGCGCCGCAUGCGCGACUGGCUGUUCAACGUGAUGCGCGAUCUGGCGCUGCGGAACGAGCUGCCGGACGCGUACCUGGCGCUCGAGCACGAGGCCGAGUCGAACAUGACCAAGCGCUGGACGAACGCGGCGAUCUGGAAGUGGUGCGAGCUGGACGGCCACCCGCACGACAACACCGUGUCGCGGCACGAGCUGUUCCCGAUCCGGGCGCCGCUGUUCGCGCUCGAGCACUGCAUCGCGCCGUUCCUGGAGAGCUGCGACCCGAACCGGGACCACCGCAUCUCGCUGCAGGAGUGGGGCAAGUGUCUCGAGCUGGAGGAGGACGAUCUGACCGCCCGGUGCGCGGAGAUUGCCAAGGACGAGGAGGCGAACGCGUCCGACCUGCACGAUGCGUUCGUCUAGCGGUUCAUUCCCGGCGCCCCCCGUACCACGCAAAUCUUUUCACGAGGGCUAGAGCGAGAGAGAGAGAGAGAAGCGAUUGCUUUAAAGCAUAGCAAUUCCACCCCCCUACUAGCGCAACACUCCGUCGAGCUAAUCCAAACCUUCCCCCAGCUAGUUUGCCGCCACUGACCGCCUUUCUCCCACUAACCCUGUCCUGCAUGCGCGUUUGUCCGGGGGCAGUUGGAAAGCACCACGGCCCGUGCCAUACAUAUUGUGCCAUUCCGCGUGCCCUUAAAUACGACAUUUGACAAAUAAAAACGAAUCUAAACGAUUCGCUCACACGUA